UGAUCGGCCCAGGAUCCCCGGUGCCUCCGUCCGUCGUCCGCUCUGACGGCUCCGGCGUGUCAAUGUCGACUUAAACGGUCCUAAUUUCACCGAGUCAGUGGCCGCUCGUGUCGGCAAGUCGUUCGUUUCUCACCGUGAGCCCCGCAGGACGGCCCGGCCCGGGUGUUGACUGUGUGCUUGUCAGAGCCGAGGGGAUCUAAAUACGAGGCCCUCACUCCAUCCACGGAUUCACCUGCUACGCGGAGAGCCUGACACGGGAGACCGACAUGGGGGACACGGGGAGCGAGGGCAGCAAGCCUCCGAGUAACGUUAACGUUAUACCCCCGCGCUGCCCCUGUGGGUUCUGGGGGUCCAGCAAAACUAUGAAUCUCUGCUCAAAAUGUUUUGCAGACAUUCAGAAGAAACAGCCAAACGAGGAUUGUGCCCCAAAGGCCUCUUCAAGCACCAGCAGCAGCAGUCAAGCAGACAUCUUCUGUAAUGAAACGAACAGCAGCAUCAGCCAGUCCCUGAUGUCGACGCCUAACGCAUCAGAAGACCCUUUGCCUGGAGAGACGGGAGUGACCUCUGUACCUGUUCAGGACGGAGUAUCCAGCACAGACACAGUCUUGGGUUCGCUAUCCACUCCCACGAAACGUUCCUUCGAGUCAGCCUCAGAGUCAGAAAGUGACGUUUCACCUGAGAAGCAAGCAAGAGUGAGCGAAGUCCCAGACGGUGAGGAGUCCUCGUCCUCGUCAUCAUUAUCAUCUUUGUCUGCAUCAUCGUCGUCAUCCUCGUCUCGCAGUAGCUCCAAACAGCGGAGCCGCAAACGUUGCCAUCGCUGCCAAACCAAACUGGAGCUGGUACAGCAAGAGCUGGGUUCCUGUCGCUGUGGUUACGUCUUCUGUAUGCUCCAUCGGCUUCCAGAGCAGCACGAGUGUCUGUUCGACCACCUGGGUCGCGGGCGUCAGGAGGCCGUCCUCAAGAUGGUUAAGCUCGACCGCAAGGUGGGCCGCUCAUGCCAGCGCAUCGGGGAGGAGUGCUCCUGAGCAGCCGUUCCCACCCUCCUCCCAACCCUCACCUCCCCAGACGAAUCUCCGCGUUCAGACGGUGUGACAGCACUAACAGGGAUAUGAUUUUUUUUCUUCUUCUCACGUUGUUUUUUCAGGAUUUUUGCAGGUUUUUUGGAUACAAAUCUCCUCUCCUUUUUUGUUUUGUUUUUUAACUUAAGCUUUUUAAAUCCCCCACAGUUACAGAUACCCUGCUUGUUUCCCGCCUCUGUUGGCGUCAUCAUAUCCCUGCUGCUAAGAUGCAUUUUGGAAAAAAGACAAACCCAGGAAUGACAGAACUAUAGAGAGCAAAGGAAAUACACGAUUUCCUCACUUUGUUUUUUCUUUUUGCAAGCUCUUGACUACACAGGUAUGAAUGGAGUAAGAAUGAGUUAAAAAUGAUGAAGAGAAGAAACACAAUGCUUUAUACAAAUGUUUGACUUGGAAGCCAGGAUAUACUCUUUACCUCAGAGAAGAAAAAUGUUCGAAAGAAGCAAAGAAUGAUGUUGAUGAGGAGGAGGAGGAGAAAGAAACGGUUACCCUUAAUGUACACUUUAGCUUUUGGCGCUUUUUAUAGACUGUGCUCUUUACCUCAAAAUCAGACCAGAGCUGCUUUGUACUCUGCGCCAGGCUUAGACUUUGUGAAGCAAACAAGCUAGACAGCCUCAGUUAAAGUCAGGGUCUUACCCCCCCUGGCCACCCACCACCUAUAAUCCUAAACCUUUAGAAACACAAACACCUGUUAAUCAUCCACCUCAGGACACUGAAGCUCAACCUUCCCACCGACUUGCACCCUUCUCUUCUGCUCUACCAGACAGCGUUCACUCCUUUUGUUUUAAUUUUCGACCACUGUUCGGGGAUACUUAAAUUCAGAAUUCGCAGCACUUGUUGGACUCAGACGCACAUAUUGGUGGUGGGAACAGUGAACUGGUCACCCUUGGAUUACACACACAGACCCGGUGUUGGGAUGGGACUGAUGAAGACCUAAUUAGUUGAGGUCUUCUUCUUUUUGUCUGUCUUCAUCUUAUUUUCUGCAAAACCUUCCACAUUGAGAGACAUUUCCUCUUCGAAUCCGUAGUCUUUUUCGGCUCGUGUGUGUGUGCUGGAUGUGUACACACUUCAGAAAGACAAAAUUUGCAGGACAUGAGAGACAAAGUGUGCUUAUGAUCUCUGACUGGACCUGGAAUGUCUGCGUUGUCACUCUAGUUUUGCAAAUACACACAGUUUGACUCUUCUAUGUUCUUUUGUGUGCUCAGCUGUUGUUCGACGGUGAGCACAAACAGGUAAAAUCAAACAUUGCUGUACACUUUGAGUUUGGACUGAAGCUGCAAUAGCAAACUCAGAGGUUCCUGUUCGGGAUUGCGAUGGCUGUUCAGGUCUCCGAUAUUUGUCCCAGGCCUUUGUUUCGGUUAUCCACAUUUUAAAAGGUAAUUUUUUGGUGCCAGCUUUGAAGCGAGACUUCAUGUUUUUAUGAUUUUCACUCCGAUACUUUAAUAUCCUUUACUACAUGUUAUGAUUUCCAGUCAGCAUGAUAAGAUCGCAUUCUCCUUCCUUUCAUUUUGUUUUUCUCAUCUUUCCCCGGUAUUGAUCGCUCUAUUUUUCCUUAUUUCACCCUCUCCAUCUCCCUUCCUCCUCCUCCCUUCUUGCGAUACUAUGGAUGAGGGAAUAGCGCUGGUGUGAGCAAAGUGCUGAAAGUGGAAAAAUCAGCAAAUAAUUACCUUCCAAACGUUUUCCUGGUGGACUGUGGAAGGAAUGAACGGAAAAUGCAUAAUGAAUGAAUAUUGUGUAUCUUAAAGAAUACCUUAUUUAACCUCUUUUGCGUUUCAGAUUUACUUACACUUCAGUGUAGUGCUGCAUUUUUGGGUUGUAAUGUGGUUAUUAAGGGGGAAGGUGAAUGUGGAAAAUUCUAUAUUUUUUGUUUUGUUUUGCUUUAAUUUUUUUGCUUCCCCUUUCCAACAUUUUUUUUUUCUUUUACUCAGAAAAGAAUAAACUGGAUUAGACAAAAUA